AUGGCGUCCUCCGGUUACAAAGGCAACCUUUCUGUUGGAGGCUCUGCGCUUGACAAGUCCAAGCUACAGCUUCGUAGGCCGACCCCCGAUAGUGAUGCUCUGGCGUCCAGCGAUGACGACCGCGAGCACGUGCCUGCUGUAGUCCGCCCUGCUGGGGGCUACCCUGGUGGUCGUAGACCCUCUUCUGGUUGGCUGCAAGACAUUCAGCCCAAUCGCAAGUUUUCGCUGCCUUCUGUGUCGUUUGCCGGCUCUCAACCCACGACUCCAUCACUAGAGCUUCCGAAUCAGUCUCGUGCUGGAACUUCUGCGUUUCCCUGGAACACCUCCAGCUUCAGCAGUGCACAGGCAAACAGCCGCCUCAAGGAGUUUGUACCGUCACCUACCUCCGCACAUUUCCCUAGUGAGAGACCACUACCCUCCCCUGCCGCACCUGAGGGCGACGAAGGCAUUGGCUUUCUUCUUAGUCAGCAAAACCCUAUCCGAAAGGCGGUACGAUCGCAAUCUUACAGCAUUGGACAGGGUGACAUAGAGAACAGCCCAGUGGGGCAAUUUUCUGCUCGAGUACGCACCACUGCUGGCGUGCGUCACCGCCCCUCUAAGCCCAGCCUCCUCGGUGAUUCUGGCGUUGGCUUGUCCCAACUUCGCGAAGACGACAUCGACGAGGUUGAUUCGACAAACAGCUCAGAGCACGGCGUCCGCCUUCCUCAAGGAUACUGGGAACGCGAGCAGAAGCAAGCUCUUCUCAAACAGGCAGCCAUGGAGAGCGUGCGUGCACGCAAUCGCGCUACGUCAACGAGCUCUCCAGUUCACCAGCACCCGCCUCCACCCCAGCGCCGUAAGACGACUGCCGGUCUCCGCCACAUGCCCUACGGCGCUGCCGCAGACUAUGCCAUCGAAGAACACGAGGACAACGAGGUUGCUGCGCACGCCCUGCCGCCCUCGUCGUUGACUCGGCGCUUCAGCGAACAUGUUUCUCUCCGCAGCCGUGAGCCUGAGCAAGAUAUCAUGGAUAGCCCAAAGAAGCAGCAGUGGGCUACUGGCAACAUACACAACCUUAACAUGGAUGUGAUGGGUCGCAGACACUCCUUCGCUCACUAUGGAGGCUUCAACCAGAGCAUACCCCUCUCAACUACCUUGAGCAACACUCAGGAAGAAGAUGAGAGUGUCAUGUCGCCUCGCCAAGCAUCGCACUCGCCUGAAGAGCAAGACCAGUUUGAUGCUGCCGCAUACUUUGCCGGCUAUGGUCCCGCUUCGCGCGCCAUCAACGCCUCUGCAAUCUCUGCUGCUCACCCAGAUCCCAUCGCCCCAAAUACCACCAUGCACACGGCCAACCCUUAUGCUGUUCCAUCAGUCUUGGGCCGUCCCGGUCGACGAUUGUUUGUCGUCACGUUCAAGUGUUCCAGAGCCGACAUAUACUACCUUUACGACAACACUGGCCUUGAGAUUCGCCGAGGUGAUUUGGUCAUCGUUGAGGGCGAUCGUGGUUGCGACCUUGGUCAGGUGGCACAUGCGGAUGUGAGCCUCGAAGACGCUAAGAAGUACAAGGCUGAGGCGAACGAGGAGCACUUCCGCUGGCUUGUCAUGUUUUCUCAGUACUCGCUUGCCGGAACUCAAAAUGACUCUGGUAUGCUGGGGGCCCUUGCCCGUGCAAAUGGUUCGUCUAACAACCCGAACCAACCCCAAUCAAGCGGCAUGAUUGGCAAUCAAGACCAAGAUGCCAAGCCUAAAAUGAUCAAGCGUCUUGCUCAGCAGCAUGAGAUCUUUGCGCUGCGGGAUAAGGAGGGCUCAGAAGCCAAAGCCAAGCGCCUCGGAGCUCAGAAGGCUGCUGAUCAUAAGCUACCCAUGGAGGUCCUCGAUGCUGAGUAUCAAGCCGAUUACCACAAGCUCACUUACUUCUACUAUGCUGAGUCAUACGUCAACUUCAACGACCUUGUCACAGACCUUUUCAAGCAAUAUAAGGUCCGGAUCUGGAUGUCAGCUGUCAACCCAGCAUCAGUCGUGAACCCAGCUGGCUUGAUGCAAAUCCCACCGCCCUCUGCCAUUGGCCCUGGAGCCAUCGUGAAUUCAGGCACCGGCAAUUCAUCUCUACCUGUUGGACCUGGUUUUGGUAAUAACAGCCACCGUUCAAACGAGCACUAUGGUCGAGGCCGCAACAAUGCUCCUCAAGCCAACUACGAAGACGGGCACUAUGCCUUCUCUCAUCAAACCCCAGCCUAUGCCCCUCAAGCCGCCUAUGGCAUGCCCCCUUGGGGACAGGGUCAACAGUAUCCGCAGCAGAUGUACGGUGGUUACGGUGCCUAUGCUGGUGGCUAUUCCAGCGUUACUGCUAGUGGUAGUCCGAUGAACUACGGCGCGUACUACCCACCAGGCUCAUCUUACGGGGCUUCGUCAGUCUAUAACCGUGGCUACCCAACUACAAACUCCUAUACACCCACUGGUGGAGCCAACUAUGGUCAGCAAACCACUUUGGGGGCAAGCACCGGCAAGGCUGGCACAUCCAACAACGCAAACGAACCCGCUUUUCUUACGGGCAUGCAGAACAUGUCUCUUGUCAACAAGUAG